AUGGAGGAGGUGUGCCUAGCUGUCCAGGAACCACAACAUGAGAACCACAAAUGUGAAGAGGGGGUCCCAGAAGAAGUGUGUAUUGGCAAGGAGGAGAUAAAUCCCACUUUGCACUGGGGCCUCCUUUUGAUGUAUGGCAUAGAAGUUGAUGAAGAGUACUGUAAAUGGGAGUCUGGAUAUCUUGAACAGGAGAGUGUCUGCAUUAAUGACGAUGAGGAGGAUUGUGAUAGUGGACCUAUAGACUUUACAGUAGACUCUGAGCUAAUGUUUUACAGCAGCAACAUGCAGAAAAACAAAACUGCCAACUGUAUAAAGGAAGAAAACCUCAAAUGUGAGUCUGACUUUCAGCAUUUCCAUCCAAGUCAGGACCCUGCUGCAUUAGCAUUCAUGCCGACUAGACAUGGCACCAUGCAUCAUCAUUCUGGCAGUGUGAUAUUGAAAUAUUUGGAGUCGGACAGAGAAGCAGGUUCAAGUCCUUCUGAUGAAGCUUUACAAAACAAUGGCAGCUUCUUCUUAUCCACAUCCACAUUACCUCAGAUGUCUCUUCAGUGCAUGUCGCAGCAGUCAACAAAUGGAGAAAAUAUGAAGAAACUGAUUUCAGAAUCGAAGGAUGUUGUACCAACCUCUUUGCAGGAUGAUUCUCUGCCAGGGAGAAAGCUAACCACAGUGAGCGCAAUUUCCAUUCAACUUCAGAUGCACAAUUCAGACUCAGCCACAGCCCACCAGAAGCAGAGGAAAAGGAUCAAAAGAAAAUCUGAAUCCAGAGAAGAGAAUCUGAGUCAAACACAACCAAAGCUGUACCACUGUUCUGAAUGUAACAAACUAUUCAACACCAGUGGCGCUCUUCAAAUACACACAAGAAUUCCCACUGGAGAGAGACCAUAUUGUUGUCCUGAAUGUGGCAAACGAUUCACCUGUGCCAAGAACCUUCACAUCCACAGAAUAACUCACAUUGGAAUGAAGCCAUAUUGUUGUUCUGAAUGUGGCAAACAAUUCACCACCAGUGCGUAUCUUCAAAAGCACACGAGAAUUCACACGGGAGAAUGGCUAUAUCAUUCUUGUGAAUGUGGGAAACAAUUCAUCACAAAGAGCCAACUUGAAACACACACAAGAAUUCACACUGGAGAAAAGCCAUACCGUUGUUCUGAAUGUGGAAGAAAAUUUUCACAAGUAAGUUCUCUUAACACCCACACAAGAAUUCACACUGGUGAUAGGCCUUACUGUUGUUCUUAUUUGACAAACAAUUCACCACCAACCUUGAUUUUCAGUACCACAGAAGGGUUCACACUGUAAAGAAAUCAUAUGAAUGUUCAAGCAAUUCACAGAAGGUAGCUACGCCUUUCACUAACACAGAAGAAUACAUAUGGAAAUGAAGUCAUAUUGCUGUGCAGAAAGUGGCAAACAAUUUAUGGCCAGCAGCAGCAGCAGCUUUCAUUUCCACAGGAAAACUCGA